GUCAAACGUGUUCACUAUUACUCUGACUCUGGUAACGUGACUUCCUGGUAACGUGUUAGGUAGGAAAAGCAGUAAAAAAGUGCAUAUUAAGGGAGCAGAUUUGAAAUAAUAUUUAUACUUAACAAGAAAUAAUUAAAGGUUCAAUGGGGAGACCUAAAGAUUUACGCAUAUGGGAGCACUACCGUACUUUACCAAACAAGUCUGUUUCUUGCAAGCUUUGUAAUAAGGUCUACAAAUUCAGUAAUGCUGCCAAAAUGCUUCAACAUCUUAUCACUUGUCCAAAAUCUCCAGAAACAUUAAAAGACUCUAUGAAACUUAUAAAAGAUAGCUCGUCCAAAACCAAAAUGUCUGGACUGUCAGAGAUAGAGACAAAUGAUUCUUUUAUAAGCCCCUCGUCGUCUGCUAACACUACAAUAAAUGCUGAGUUUCAAGACACCGAUGAUCAUAUAAAAACAGAAUUAGCGAGAGCUAUAUUUGUAACAGGGACGCCAUUAUCGAUGGUGCAACAUCCUUUAUGGAUACAAUUUUUCGAAAAAUUGCAACCAAAAUUUAAAAUACCUUCACGUAAAGCUUUAGCGACAAAAUACUUAGAUAAAAUAUAUAGAGAAAUGCGUUUUGAGUUAAAUGAGGAACUAAAUGCUUGUAGUUACUUACACCUUCAGUGCGAUGGCUGGUCUAAUUUAAGAAAUGAAGGAAUAAUAAACUUUCUUAUAUCAAAACCUCAACCUGCAUACGUUAAAAGUUUGAAUACAGAAAGUAAUCCUCACACUAGUGAAUACCUUAGCCAAGAAGUUGAAAAAGUAAUGAAAGUGUAUGGAGCAAAUAAGUUUCUUGUACUUAUUGGCGAUAACGCUAGAAAUAUACAAAAGGCAUUCGAAUUAACAAAACUCAAAUAUCCACAUGUUGUUCCUCUCGGUUGCUGUGCACAUAUCCUUAACUUGUUGUGCCAAGAUAUUGUAAAGAUACAAGAAGUAACUGUGUUUAUUAUGCAAGCCAUAAAUAUAAUAAAAACUGUUAAAAGGAGUCAACGAUUAAGUUCCUUGUUGAUAAAAUCAAGGCAGGGUGAAGAUUCUACACAAACACUAAAAUUGCCUUGUGCUACAAGAUGGGGAAGUCAUGUUACUUCGUUAAAAAGUUUGAAAGCAAAUAAGAUAGCUUUGCAAAUAUUAACAGUUAGAGAAGAUGUGGUAAUUUCAAGAGAUAUUAAAGAUUUAAUUCUAAGUGAUGAUUUCUGGACGAAGACAGGGGAAUGUAUAAGUAUUUUGGAACCAGUCACUGAAAGCAUAUUUUACUUAGAGAGCGACCAGAAUCGUUUGCAUCGCACAUACAUUACAUUUAGAGAUGUACAAGCUAAGAUACGUUUUGCAUUAAAUGAGAUUUCGACAUUGAGCGAAGAAAGCAAACAGCAGAUUCUAACAUCAGUAUCUUCAAGAUGCAAUAUGGCAAUGAGGCCAAUACAUUUUGCAGCAUAUAUUCUAGACCCCAGGACUCUAGGAGUCGAACUUACUCAAGAGGAAGAACUUAAGGGUAUGGAGUUUAUCUACAAUUUAAGCCAACACUUAAGUUUGUCAAAUGUAAUGGCAGAUUUGGCGUGUUAUAAAGCUAAAGAAAACUUUUGGGCCAGAGGAUUUGUAUGGAGCUCAUUAGAUAGCAUUGAGCCCCUAAUAUGGUGGAAAGGUAUUUGUGGUUCCACUGAGUUAAGCAAAGUAGCGAUUCGUAUUCUAUCAGCUCCCUGUACUUCGGCAGCCACUGAGCGUUCCUUUAGUAUCCAAGGCUACAUACAUAAUAACAAAAGAAAUCGACUUACAACUGAAAGAACUGAAAAAAUUUCAUUCAUUUGUUAUAACUGGAAUCUUAAACAUAAAGCUGAAUGCGAGGACAUUCAGUUUAAUGAAGAAAAUACCUUAGAAGCUUUCAUUGAGCAAGUAAAUGAACAUAACAGUUUAGACGAAAUAGAGCCUAUCGAACCUAUACAAUUCAUCGCUUGUAAUAACUCUGAAUCUGACAGUGAUUGACUGUAGUUUUACAUUUUACUUUCAUCUCUUUCUUAAUAAACUCAAAAUCAAAUUAAAAGUUUUUUAUUCUGUAGGCUGCAUAAUAAUAUUGUCUAUGUCCAGUAUAGUGGACGUCUUGCGGCUGAGAUGACGAUGAUGAAGUACAAAAUCAUAAACACCCAAAAAUUUGGGUGUUUAUGGGGUUUAAACCCAAUAAACCCAAAACACCCGGUUUUUACCCACCAGACUUUAAACCCAC